AUGUAUGCCGACGGAGGGAGUACUAAAUUGUUGUAACGCCGCACGCUUCCACUUUAAAUAUAGUCCUAGGCUGCUAAGUAGUAUCAUAACCAGCACCAGCACAACGUCUAAACGAAAAUGGCCAUCUCACUCUCCUGGCAGCUCCUCGCCCAGCCUCAACUAUGGCAGCUCCUCGUUCUAGCCCCCCUCCUUAUCGUCUCCUCGUUGCUGAUAACGAGUAUCCGGAGGAGGCGCUCGCCAGGACAAGGUGCUCUCAAUCUGCCGCCGGGCCCCGUUCGGGUGCCCGUCCUGGGCAACCUGCACCAGCUGGGCUCGCUGCCGCACCGUAGCCUGCGCGAGCUGGCCCGGCGGCACGGCCCAGUCAUGCUGCUCCACCUCGGCACGGUCCGGACGGUGGUGAUCUCGUCAGCGUCAGCGGCCAAGGAGGUCAUGAAGGACCAAGACGUGAGCUGCUGCAGCCGGCCUUCAUCCCCGGGCCCAAGCCGGCUCUCGUACGGCCUCAGGGACGUGGCCUUCGCGCCCUACGGCGAGUACUGGCGCGAGAUGCGCAGGGUCUUCAUCGUGGAGCUCCUCAGCAUGCGCCGCGUCAAGGCCGCGUGGGGCGCGCGCCAGGAGCAGGUACAGAAGCUGGUGCGCGUCCUGAGCCAGGGCCAGAAGAAGAAGAAGCCCGUGGCGCUGGACGAGCACAUCUUUCGCCUGGCCGACGGCAUCAUCGGCACGGUGGCCUUCGGCAACGUCUACGGCACGGAGAUGCUGGCUGCGCACGAGGACAAGGAGCGGCGGUUCCAUCAGGUGCUGGACGAUGCCAUGGACAUGCUGGCCAGCUUCUCCGCCGAGGACUUCUUCCCCAACGCCGCGGGACGCCUCGUCGACCGGCUCACGGGGCUCGUGUCCCGCCGCGAGCGGAUCUUCAAGGAGCUGGAUGCCUUCUACGAGACGGUCAUCAGGCAGCACCUUGAUCCGGCCCGGCCCAAGCCCAGCAACGGCGGCGACCUCGUCGACGUCCUCCUCAGCCUCCCGAACGAGCCACGCGGGACACUCAGCUUCACCAUGGACCACGUCAAGGCCCUCCUCAUGAACACGUUCGUGGGUGGCAUCGACACCAGCUCGGUGACGAUCCUGUGGGCGAUGUCGGAGCUGAUCCGGAAGCCGCGCGUGCUGAAGAAGGUGCAGGAAGAGAUCAGGGCCGUGGUUGGCAGCAACGGCAGCGAUCGCGAGCCACGGGUGCAGCCGGACGACGUGCCGAAGCUGAGCUACCUGAAGAUGGUGGUCAAGGAGACGCUGCGGCUGCACCCGCCGGCGACGCUGCUGGUGCCACGGGAAACGACGCGGCACGUCAAGAUAUCCGGGCACGACGUGCCAGCCAAGACGCGGGUGUUGGUGAACGCGUGGGCCAUCGGGCGGGACGCGGCGAGCUGGGGCGAGGACGCGGAGGAGUUCGACCCGGACAGGUUCGAGCCCGCGGCGAGGAGCGCCGGGGUGGACUUCCACGGCGCGCACUUCGAGCUGCUGCCGUUCGGGUCCGGGCGGAGGGUGUGCCCCGGGAUCGCCAUGGGCGCCGCCACCGUGGAGUUCACGCUGGCCAGCCUACUGUGCAGCUUCGACUGGGCGCUCCCGGAGGGGACGCGGGCGGAGGAGCUGAGCAUGGAGGAAGCCGGCGGGCUCACCUUCCACCGCAAGACGCCGCUCGUGCUCGUGCCCACAGCCCACCCGCUACGUCGUCCCGCCGCCGCCGUGAGCGUCAGGUGAUUGGGUCGAUGAUUGGCCGGCUUUGCUAAAAUAAAAGUGUAUAUUUCUUUUUGAAACUUUGUUACGGAGUAUAAUAAUGUAAUAAAAGUACGAGUUUGCAUCCUUCGUAUGACCUGAUCAUGUGUAGCGCGCUGUUUUUUUUAAGCAAGAUUAGGUUCUAGUGCCUGUA